AUGCACCAGGGGACCCCGCGCUUCGACUCUCAGAUCAAAGCUGCAGAAGAGAAACCUGAACUCCAGAGGAGGGAAGAUAAGUACCCAGGGUUAUGUAAUCACCAAAUAAUGUCUCCUUUGGCAAUCUCAGCUCUUUGGGCCAUGCCGAGAUUUAAAUGGCCAUUUGAGAGAACUGGAGAAGAGCUGUCCCGCAUGAAAAGACCCGUGAACAGAAUUCAGGUUUCAUAG